CGGGGGGUGUGAAACGGCACCAGGGUGUUCAGAGACGCUCAAACACUAAACAUCGCACCCACCUGAGAGAAAGAGAGAGAAGAGACGGACACGAGAGAAACCUGCAGACACAACAGAAACGAAGACUCAUACAGAAGAGCUGAAGGCUGGGAGCUGCAUGGAUAUAGCCAAGAACAUCAGAGCAACAUCUAUAUGGUCAUAAACUUUUUUUUUAUUAUUUACCCUAAUCCUGAGUUGGAUCAUGUUGGAUAUGUUUAGGACUUGUUACAGAAGGACUUGUCAGUCUGUUGCUCCUUGUUCAUUUGGUGCUGUGAUGUUUGAAGAAGCUUCUCUGUCUGUUUUCCGUACGAGCAUUCUAAUAACUACACCCUUUAAAAGGUGGUCUUCACAGCAAUUUCACAAAAGGACCAUUUUGGGAACUUUUCAUUAAUCAGUUCUUUUUAAUUUGAAGAAGAUUUGAAUUAUCUGAAGAAUCCUUUUCAACUAUAAAGUACACUUGGAGGAGUUCCAUGGAUGUCAAAGUUUAUUAAUGGAACCAUCGAUGUCAAUAAAGAAGUGGAAGAAGACAGGAAACUCUUCACUUGAUUUCUUUCAGAUCCUUGCCUAACAACAGUGAUGCCACAAACGGAUUAUUUUUGAAUACUUUGAGUAAUUUCUUAAAAGUACCACUUUUUAAUUCACAUGAAGAACAUUUAAUAACCUUUUUCCACUAUAAAGAACCACUGGUGCAAUGGAAUUCCAUGGAUUUUAAAGGUUCCUCUUGGAAUCAUCAAUAGCAAUAACUAGAGCUCAAUUCUAUUAAGAAACAUUUGAACUGAGGUUUUUCUCCUGAAUAUUUUUAUAAUGGGUAAUUCACCCAACAAACAAGUGAUUUUAAGAAAAUGUCAGUUCAAGAUCAGUUCUUAAAAGAACCAUUUUUGACUUCAUUGUGGAGAACAUUUAAUAAUCUUUUUCUACUAUAAAGGACCUUUUGUGCAAUGGAAAGAUCUCAUGGAUGUUAGAGGUUCUUGGAACCAUCGAUACCAAUACAGCUCUGUUUUAUAGGAACCAUUUCAACUGAUAUAUUUCUCCCAGAUCUUCUUGUGAUGAGUAACUUACCCAACAGCAGCGAUGCCACAAAAGCGUGAUUUUGGGAAGAUUUCUGUGAUCAAUUCUUAAAAGAACCACUUUUGACUUUAUCGUGGAGAAUAUUUAAUAACCUUUUCCACUAUAAAGGACCUUUUGUGCAAUGGAAAGAUCCAACGGAUGUUAGAGGUUCUUCUUGGGACCAUUAAUACCAAUACAGCUCUGUUUUAAUAAAAACAAUUCGACUGAUAUAUUCCUCCCAGAUCUUUUUAUGAUGAGUACCUCGUCCAACGGCAGCACCUCAACCGGAAGCGCUGGUGUAGUUUGGGUCACUCCGCUCCUGGGCACCACCCUCGUCACCAUGUGUGUUUUGGGCAUGACGGGAAACCUGUACACCCUCGCCAUCAUGCGAUCGGCCACAUUGCGGCGCGCCGGCUCCAUGUACGUCUUCAUCCUGAACCUGGCGGCGGCGGAUCUGCUCUAUCUGGGCACCAUCCCAUUUGUGGUCUGCACCUACUUCGCCCACGACUGGUUCUUUGGGAUGGGCUGCAGGUUGCUGCUGAGUCUGGAUCUGCUCACCAUGCACGCCAGCGUCUUUGUGCUGGUGGCCAUGAGUCUGGAGCGCUACCGGGCCGUGGCCGCUCCUUUCCGAGCCCGCCGCUCGACCGCUCGUAAUCACUGGCUGAUGGCGUUGGGGAUCUGGGCGGCGGCGUUCGUAUUGACGCUCCCUAUGAUGGUGAUGAUCCGUCUUCGAGAGGGACGUCCCAGUACGGUGGGCCUCGUCAAACGCAUCUGCUUCCCGACGUGGACGCCCGAGGCUUUCAAAGCGUAUCUGACCGCGCUCUUCUUCACCAGCAUGCUCCUGCCCGGCCUUCUGAUGGUGGGGCUUUACGCAGGUCUCGCCCGGCGUUACUGGGGCCAGGCUAAUCUGACUCACGGAUCCUCGUCGUCCACUCGCAGGCGCCGACUGAAGCACAAGGUGGUGGGGAUGAUCUUCUGCAUCGUGGUGGCAUACUGGGCCUGUUUUCUGCCGUUCUGGGGUUGGCAGUUGGCCAAGCUCUUCUCGUCCGAGUCGCUCCGCUCAAUGUCGGCCCCUGCUCACACCUACGUUAACUUCUUCGUCACCUGCCUGACGUACGGAAACAGCUGCAUCAAUCCGCUGCUCUAUACGCUGCUGACCCGCAACUACCGUGACUACCUGGCCCAGAGAGGUCAAUCAUCAGGGGCGAGUCGAGGGGACCAGGGGUCAACCGCCGGGUCAACCCCUUCCAGGAUCAUAUAGGAUGAGUUCAGGAGAGAGUUACAGAUUCUGGGUCCAGUUGCAUAAACAUAGCCACUAAGACUGCUAAGACAUUACAUUUUUAAAUAUAUGCAUUUUUUUGCUUUAAAUUUAAAUAUGGACAUGAUUCAAACAUAUUAAACGUCAAAAAUGCAAAGGGAAACCUGAUAGACUGCUCAAACAGAUCAGUGUGGUGAAGAUGCCUCAGAAUCAGUAUUUGACUCUUCAGGAAGAUUACCCUACAAAUGGAAUAUAUGAUCAUUUUCUAUAUUAAUAUUCAUAUGAUACAAUUCACCAUGUAAUCAAGCAACAGAAGUACUGUUUGAACACAAACCUUUGACAUCAACAGCAAAAUGUAUGGGAAGUGUUUCCUCUUCCCUUUUUAAAAGGUGAUAUAUUAGUUAUCUAUUCAUAUCUUGCUCGCUGUUGUUACAUUACUAUGUGAGUUCACUGGUUAAUGGUUAGAAUUUUAUGAUCUGCAUUUAUCAUCAUUUAAACUAUCUUUGUGACUCAUCUGACCAGUUUCGGACCGGACAAUCGCUGCUCUCUACAGUCUCAAGAUUACACUGAUGGACAGUCUUUACGGUGCUUGUUUUUAUUUCUUUGUACCUAUGGCCUUAUAAAGUUUAUUCAU